AUGAUAGGUGAUGAUGAAGAGGGUGAGGAGGGUGAAGAUGCCCCCGAGAAGCUGCCCACGUGUGGUGAUUAUGUGAUGCACUUCAUCACCGUCAUCUGGAAGGUGAUUUUCGCCCUCAUCCCCCCCACGGAUUACUUCAAAGGUUACCCGACUUUUGUCAUUAGUAUUAUCGCUAUCGGUCUUGUUACCGCCUUGAUUGGUGACAUUGCCUCUCACGUCGGCUGCACCAUCGGUCUCAAGGACUCUAUCACAGCCAUUGCCAUCGUCGCGCUUGGUACCAGUGUACCAGGUACUGUAUCAGCGUACCAUUAGGUGUAUCAGGUAUUGUGAAUC